AUGGCCAAUUUCCUCGCCUCCAUCUUCGGCACCGAGCUCGACAAGGUCAACUGUUCCUUUUACUUUAAAAUAGGUGCCUGCCGCCAUGGCGACCGCUGCUCCCGCAAGCACGUCAAGCCGUCGUAUAGCCAGACCAUCCUCAUGCCCAACCUCUACCAGAACCCCUCGUUCGACCCCAAGAACCACAUGAACGCCUCACAGCUACAGAACCACUUCGACGCCUUCUACGAAGACAUUUGGUGCGAGCUGUGCAAGUACGGCGAGCUCGAGGAGCUCGUCGUUUGCGACAACAACAAUGACCAUCUCAUCGGCAACGUCUACGCCCGCUUCAAGUACGAAGAGUCGGCCCAGCAGGCCUGCGACGCCCUUAACAGCAGGUGGUACGCCGGCCGCCCCAUCUACUGCGAGCUCAGCCCCGUCACCGACUUCCGCGAGGCCUGCUGCCGCCUCAACUCGGGCGAGGGCUGUGUCCGCGGCGGCUUCUGUAACUUUAUCCACCGCAAGGACCCCAGCGAAGAGCUCGACCGCGACCUGACGCUUAGCACCAAGAAGUGGCUGAAGCUGCGCGGCCGCGACGAGAGGAGCGUCAGCCGUUCCCCCACACCCGAGCCGACAAGGCGGAGAUGA